GGUGCCCGCCCUGAUGUGAAUCCUCAGCUAUUGGAAUGGUUCAAGGCCGUAGACACUGACAGGUCCGGCCAACUGACUGUGGAUGAGUUGCAACGUGCUCUCAUCAACGGCGACUGGAGUCCCUUCAAUAUCGAAACUGUGCGUACAAUGGUCAAUAUGUUUGAUACUGAUAACACGGGAACCAUCAAUUUCAACGAGUUUGCGGGAUUAUGGAAGUACAUUGAGGAUUGGAAACGAUGCUUCCAAGCUUUCGAUGCGGAUGGCUCCGGUUCGAUCGAUCAGGCGGAAUUGGGAAAUGCGUUCCGCACAUUUGGUUACAACGUUUCAGAUAAAUUUCUCAAGCUGUUGAUUCAAAAGUUCGAUCGAUACGGUACUGUAAAAACAGGUCGUGGCACUGUUACAUUCGAUAACUUUGUGCAGGCAUGUGUCACGGUAAAGACUUUGACCGAUUCCUUCCAAAGCUUUGACACCGAUCGUGAUGGCUGGAUUCAGAUUAAUUACGAACAGUUCUUGGAGCUUGUUGUUCGCCAGCGUGCUUAA